GCGACGCCGACGACAAGAGGGUAAAACACACACACACACACCGGUGAACCAAUGGAAAGUGAAGCGAUUCAGGACGAGCUUCAAAGCUUAGAGCUCGAGAUCAAAGAUGUUCAAGGUCAGAUAAGUGCUUUGAUAGAGCAUCAAGACAGGUUGUACGAGAGAAAGUCUGAGCUUAAGACAUUGUUAAAAGCAGUUGCAGCUUCAGUAACACCUGUCGCAUCUUCUUGUCCUGAUGGCUCGAGUGCUGUGGAGAAUUGGUCCGAGCCAUUCGAGUGGGAUUCACGCGCUGAUGACAUUAGGUUUAACAUUUUUGGCAUAUCCAAAUACAGAGCUAACCAGAGAGAAAUAGUUAACGCUAUAAUGGCUGGUAGAGAUGUACUGGUGAUCAUGGCAGCAGGUGGGGGGAAGAGUCUUUGCUAUCAGCUUCCUGCUAUACUUCGUGGUGGUACAACUCUUGUUGUCAGCCCUUUACUUUCACUCAUUCAGGAUCAGGUUAUGGGUUUGGCGGCUCUAGGGAUUUCAGCUUACAUGCUGACUUCUACUUCUGGCAAGGAGAAUGAGAAGUUUGUGUACAAGGCACUUGAAAAGGGUGAAGAUGACCUCAAGAUACUUUAUGUGACACCUGAAAAGGUAUCAAAGAGUAAAAGAUUCAUGUCGAAGCUUGAAAAGUGUCACAAUGCUGGUCGCCUCUCUCUUAUUUCAAUUGAUGAGGCUCAUUGUUGUAGUCAGUGGGGUCACGAUUUUCGGCCUGAUUACAAGAACUUGAGCAUUCUUAAAACUCAGUUUCCCAAAGUUCCCAUGGUGGCUUUAACCGCAACUGCUACACAGAAGGUCCAAAAUGAUCUGAUAGAGAUGCUGCAUAUUCCUAAAUGCGUCAAAUUUGUUAGCAGUGUUAACAGGCCAAAUCUCUUUUACUCGGUGCGAGAAAAGUCGCUGGUUGGUAAAGCUGUGGUUGAUGAGAUCGCAGAGUUCAUACGGGAAUCAUAUUCUAACAAUGAAUCUGGAAUAGUUUAUUGUUUCUCUCGGAAGGAGUGUGAACAGAUUGCAGGAGAACUACGAGCAAGAGGGAUCUCUGCUGAUUAUUACCACGCAGAAAUGGAUGUAAAUAUGCGAGAAAAAGUUCAUAUGCGAUGGAGUAAGAACAAGUUGCAGGUCAUUGUUGGAACAGUAUGUUGCCUUCGGCAUGGGAAUCAACAAACCAGAUGUCAGGUUUGUUAUCCACCACAGUUUAAGCAAAUCAAUGGAGACUUACUAUCAGGUUCUAGUCACCUGUCCACUAAAACUAGAUGUGGUUAUGAGGUUGCUUCUUAUCACCAUUACUUUAUACUGCAGGAGAGUGGUCGUGCUGGUCGUGAUGGCCUCCCAUCUGAGUGCGUUCUCUUUUUCCGUUCGGGUGAUGUUCCCAGGCAGAGUUCCAUGGUCUUCUACGAGUAUUCUGGUCUGCAGAAUCUCUACGAUAUAGUACGAUACUGUCAGUCGAAAACAAAAUGUCGUCGAAGUGCUUUUUUCCGUCAUUUUGGAGAGCCGUCACAAGAUUGCAACGGAAUGUGCGACAACUGUGCCUUGUCAAGUGAGGUCAAGGAAGUUGAUGUAUCGGACCUAGCUAAGCUCGUGGUUUCUAUGGUGCAAGACAUGCAAGCUAAGGAUCAAAGAGUGACAAUGUUGCAGCUGGGUGACAAACUGAGAACUAAGCACAAGGAUCUAAGUGCUGAGCUAAAGAGAGAAGAGAUAGAACAUCUCGUGAUAAAACUGAUUGUUGACUCGGUAUUGAAAGAAGAAUUCCUGCACACACCAUACUCGACAAACGCCUAUGUAACAACGGGACCGUUGGCAAACCAAUUGUUGCAAGGAAGAAAGACGAUCAAAACGGAAACCUCAAGCAGACAAAUAAACAAGAAAUCGAAAAGAAGUAGUUCAUUUUCUGGAUUAGAAUCCAAGCUUGACGAGCUAAGGAAAGAGAUAUCUGCUGCUCAUGGAAGCAUGCUCCCUCACACUGUCCUCUCAACACAGCAGAUUGGCUUGAUAAGUUCCCAGAAACCAGAUUCAUUACAAGAGUUGGAGAGCAUAAUAGGAAAACUGAAAACAGACAAGUACGGAGACAAGAUUCUAGAAGUGAUGAGACAUGAUACGGUCUCUGAACAACUUGUUGAAGAUGCAACAAAGGAAGAGACAUGUAAAAGCAGAUCAAGUAAAAGAGCUAAGACACAGAAGAAUGUUGUUUUGUUAGAGAGCAGCGAAGAAGAAGAAGCUUGAUGAAUCCGGUUUGGAAAAAUUUCAGGUCGUCGGCAAACCGGUAAUACACCAUUCUUUAUGCAUUAACUAUGUACUGCGAAUUGGCGUUUAAGGGAUGCUUAAUCGAUAUACACUUGCACCUUGUUUUCCAAGUGAUAAUCAUACCAAUGAUUCUGUUU